CGAGGUAUUGAUAGGCAAUGAAUAUAUAAUACCAGACUCCCUGGAUGCUAAAACGAGAAAAUGGAUAGAAAUUGCCCAACAGGAUAAUGAAUUUUGGUCGAUAAGUGAAAUAAUAAACAAAACAAUUUGAUGUGAGGCUUCAUUUUUGAAAUAUUACACUUGAAUGAUGACUGGUAUUAAUAUUACCUUAUUAAAGUAGGAUAUCUUUAAUGUUUGCAUUGUUUUGAAUGCGUGAUUGCCAAAGGAAGCGGGUAUACUCCACUGCUCUCAUGUGAUAUGAUAUAAUUAUCUCCUGUGUUUUUAAAUAUGCAUGUGGUAAAGUGGUUAUUUAAACACUUUUAAUGAAAUUUUGAUAUGAUAAUAAUGUGUUUAAACUACAUAUUUGACAAACAGGAAUGAGAGAAAAAACGGCUUAUUCAAACUAAUGAUGCAAGAACGCAAGUAUGAGAAAUGUGAAACGGUGUGAACAGAUGAAAUAGUGGACGAAAAUUCUAAUAUAAAAGAUCAGACAUGGCCGUUACUGUUGUUUUUUCUACAUUAAUGGUACUAAUAGCAAAACAGAAUCAAGACUUUAAUACACUAUGGAGCAUGACGGGCGGAGUAAACGAUGUUCUUGGUAAUAAACACACAAAACACAUACAGGGAGUCAUUCAUGAUGGGAACUUCAAAAGCGCAAUAGUAGAUAAUUGGGAGUUACAAGAAUUUGAUUCUGUUUCUGUAUAUGGGAUGAACAUUUUCGGAGAUGCACUUUGGGAAACUGAGUUUAAUAUUACAAACAAAUUGCCACCAUUGUCCUCAUGGCUCGUAUCUGGUCAGAUUAUAAACUGCACAUCAGCGAUUGGUUGUACUCAAAGUGUUAUUUUCAACACAGAGAACUACGAGUUACGCUUGUCACCAUCAACCGGAAAGUCCUGGUUUGCUUUAUCAACAAACAAUUUGUCAUAUGGACCAUUGCCGCUUAUUUUUGUUCCAAGAUCACCGCACAUUCCAUUUGAUGAGCCUAUAUUUUUAGACGGUCCACUUGGAUGUUGGGAUACAAAUAUUCUCAUCAAUAAUGUGUUCAUUAUGCAGGACACAGUGUCCAUGACGCCUACAAUCUGUAUUCAACAAUGUGAAAUGAACGGGAAAACAGUGGCAGUUCUCGCGGAAGAAAGCAAGUGCUAUUGUGCAGAUGUCGACCCUAAUGUCCCACCAACAGAUGCACCGGCUAAUUGCUAUAGGCAAUGUCCAGGAUCGACGGACUAUUGCGGGGGUUUUUCUGCCACAUACGGAAACGCUUAUCAUGCUCAAGGAAAUGCGUUACCAGGCGAGCUCCCAAUUUUACUGCUGUAUACAGAUACCCUGGCAAAUGUAAAUUCUGUCGUUCAGAUAUCAUCGUCUGAUGUGUAUGCGGCGAUACCUACAAUGUAUAUGUUUAUAUCACACGUCAAUUUAACAGCUACUGGGUCAACAGAUAUUUUAUAUACAAUUCACUACAGCAAGAACAACUGUUCUUCUUCAUCUGGACUGAUGAAAGUGGUUUCUUUUGAUGGUUUAACGGACCAGAUAUUUUAUGGAAAUGGAACCAAAGCCAGUGUUGAUAUGCUAAAAGCACGUUGUGUCGAAUUUACCUUUGAUCAGCCUCUCGUAUCAGUUACGAUAGAACUCUGGGGCCCUGAUGAUAGUUUUGACCAUGUUACAGCAUCUGCUUUAGUUGUUAGAGGAAAGAAAUAUAUUACAGUUACACCAGCUACUACAUCUACUAGUCCUACCACUACCACAACUUCCCCUCCAACAACUACGUCCACAACCCAGCAACCUACAACUACAUCUACUACAUCAACUUCAACAACAACUGCUGCACCCACUACUACUUCAACAACAACUGCUGCACCCACUACUACUUCAACAACAACUGCUGCACCCACUACUACUUCAACAACAACUGCUGCACCCACUACUACUUCAACAACAACUGCUGCACCUACUACUACUUCAACAACAACUGCUGCACCCACUACUACUUCAUCAACAAACUCGCCAACUACUUCAACGACUGUUGCACAAACAUCUUCAACCUCUACGACUACGACUACAACGUCCAUGCCAGCAUCAACAACUACUACUGCGGGUACACCAGCUACAAUUUCAUCGGCAUCAACAUCAUCAACAACAGCUGUACCCAAAUGCACAUGUCCGUGUAAUUCAUCAUUUCCUCAAUUAAAUAUGACCACGGAGAAAUUACAGGAGAAAAUUCUAGAAAUACAGCGCCGUCUUGCUGUAAAUGUGUCAACGCUAUCAUCAACGAUACGGAAGUUAACAAGCGCAGAAGAUUCGCGAGUAUCUGCAGUGAGCAUCGGAUAUGUUGGUGUUGGUAUCCUGGUUUGUAUUCUUGCAUCAAUAGUGUUUAUAGACUCUGCAAGGUUGCUCAGAGACCUAAAGAAAUUAUUACACAACAUUAGGGAUGGGUUGUGUCCUAAAACUGUGGAGAAUUCUCCAGUCAGCUAGCAUUUUGAAAAAUAGAGUAAAAGAAUACUAUUGUUUAUAACAGACACAAAGUUUCAGUCUCGACAAGUAAAUGAAGUAAAUGUGAACAUGUCAAUACAAUACGUUUCCUGGCAGAAAGACGUUUUCAUUUAAAUUUGGACAUUACUUUUUCACACAAAUGAAAGUGUUUAUUUCAAGAGUGGUUUCCCUUCAACCAUUAUUCAUAUCUAAUAUAUACACUGUGCUGAUCCACCUGAUGACAAUAAUGAAGCGAGUAUGUGUUUUAACAAUCACAAAUAAUUGAAAAACAAAUUGAUUUUAGACUAUCGGUUUUAGAGGUAUAUACUUAAAGACAAAAAAUAAACCAAUUAAUAACAUUUGAAAUAUGCUGCUUAUUUCAAGCUGUUCAUAAAAUGACACUGUGUUAAGACAAUAGGGCGACUUAACAUUUUCAAUGUUUAAAGCUGUUUUCCCUCACACAAACUUCGAAAGUCUGCUGUACCUUGCAGCUCUAUGCAGUAAUUCCUUUAUCUAUGUCAUGAAACUGACUUUUAUAAGUAGAAUAUAGCACUGCUGAUUGUUAGACGACUGUAUUCAUACUAUAUUUGAUAUGUUAUUCUAUAACAAAAGACAAGAAUAAAGAUCAACAAGGCAAAGGUAACGUUCACAGGACGCAGCCCCCGACACACCCAAGUAUGGCACCCAGAAGGCACCAAACCAAAACCUGGAGUGGACAUAAGGGCUGUGAAAGGAGAGGGACAAACAUCAUUAUUUGUUGUAUAUGAUAUUUUCAAACUGUGAUAUUAGGAGUACUCACAAUAACCCGGCUGAAUUACAUUUCUGGACGGCACCUGAAUUUAACGUAUAUCAGGCGUUUCAGGACUUUCGUUACCUUAACCAUUGAAUGUGUGUUUUGUCAUAUUCAUUUGAUGUAUGAUGUUAAAUAAAAUAUCACAUCGGAUUUUUAAUAUUGUUGAUGGAAAUAAAUGUUUAUUGACAGCUUAUUCGUAAUAUGUACAGUCGAGGGUUUUUUGUCAGUUUGUUUUUGAAGAUAAUAUUUUUGUAUUUAUUUCACAGUUAUUGAAUAAAAUGAA